AUGGUAAAAUUGUUAGAGCGCUUGGUCCUGGUGUUGCAGUGGCCGGUUUGUCGCCUGGGUGGGGGCCGUCAACUACGUCACUCAGCAUUAAACGACUACAUUUGUCGGCUCUUCUCCAAGGCUUCAAUCCCGGUUCUCAAGGAACCAUCCAGCAUUUCUGCGCAUGAUGGUAGGCGCCCGGACGGAUGCACGUUAAUACCUUGGAGAGCCGGUAGAUGUUUGGCGUGGGAUGUUACGGUCCCUGGCAUCCUUGCCGAACGAUAUGUAAACCUGACAAGUAAAGAAUGCGGUUUGGCCGCGGCCAGGGCAGCGGACGAGAAAAUGAAAAAAUAUGGGAACGCACUCCCUCGAUGGAAUUCUUGCCAAUAUGUAUCGAGGUUCUCGGCCCGAUGGACCCCAACACCCUUAAAUUUUUAA